AUGCAAGUCCAAGACUACGCCAUGACGAGAUACAUUGGCGAAUUCGUCAAUACCCUGACCAACCUUGUCUACAUCGUCUACGCCAUCUAUGGUAUCCGCAGCCUUGGCCAGAAAAAAGAUGCCAGCGCUUUCCGAGCCAUUCCAUAUUGGGGCUUGAUGGCUGUUGGAAUAUGUUCCGCUGCUUUUCAUGGAAGUCUCAAGUACCAUACUCAGAUGAUGGACGACCUGUCUAUGCAACUCACGACGACGCCCGUCUUGCAUCGUGUUCUGACCGUCAACUCAAGCCAGAAGAUGUCAACAGCUGUGGCCAUUCUGCUGGGAGUUCUGCUUGUAUUAUUUGCAGCCUUUCAUGUGAUUACUGAUGAAUUGGUUGUCCAUUCUGCGAGUUUCGUGGUCUCGGUGACUAUCAUCGGGAUACGUACGAUGCAGCUAAUAAAACUCCGGACAAAGCCAGGCUCGGCUGCUCGGAGGCAGAUUUGGGGUAUAGUCAAGUUUGGUGCUGUGAUAUUCAACGUCGGAUAUAUCGUCUGGCUGCUCGAUGGUUGGGCAUGCGAAUUCUUGAAAAGCUCAAGAGCGGUAGUUGGACUUCCAUGGGCGUUUUUGUUGGAGCUUCAUGGAUGGUGGCAUAUUUGCACUGGUAUUGGCGCUUAUAUCUUCAUCGCCGUAGUAGAUCAUCUGGCUUCCGGUGAGGACCACCAGGACAUCGACAAGUCAUUUGCGUGGCCGGCACCAUGGGCUUCUCGCUCACUCUUCGCUGGGAAAGAGAAUGAUGUGAAUCGUAAGCAAAAGUAG